GAAGACGGAAAACACUGCGCUAGCUGGCUGGCCGUAUAUUUAUCUCCUACUUCAUUGCUUGUCUCCCUCUGACGUCCGGGCUCCCUGGGUGCCGCUGGAGUUGCUGUACCUGAAGUUGCUAUACCUGGAGGUGUUAUACUGACGUCUUCCGUCGGGAUCACUGCCGCGCCACAUACACCGAGGACAAGGCGUUGUACACUUGAGGCUGCUGCGGAAUUCUACUCUAAAAAUGCCCCGACCUACCUGUCCAGCGGACAAUGCGCAAGCUGUGGACCAAAGCUCGUUUUGGAGUGGUGAUAAUAUUCAUUGGGAUACGCACAGGAUAGGAUGGGCUAUAGCGGGCGGUUGCGCUGCUGCGACAGUUAUCCUGUCUGCAGUGACAGUAUUGCAACAUUGCCGAAACUACCAGAACCGGGCAGAGCAACGUCAAAUACUUCGUAUCCUGUACAUGCCCCCAGUCUACGCCAUCAUUUCCUUCCUAUCCUACCGUUUCUUCCGAGAUUACACCUAUUACUCCCUGAUUGAAGUUGCAUACGAGGCGGUAACCCUGAGCGCCUUCAUGAUGCUUCUCAUAGAAUAUGUAGCAACUACUGCGGCAGGACAUGCUGCCGAGAAUGCGAUUGCUAGGAAAGAUAAGACUCCUCUACCGUUUCCGUUCUGCUUCUGGAGGUACAGGCCGACCAAGGCGUACUUUAUGUACACAAUCAAGUGGUCUGUGCUCCAAUACGUGGUCGUCAGACCUGGUGUCUCAAUAGCGGGCAUCGUCUGUGAAUACUAUGGCGUUCUAUGUCCAUCGGGGCCGUACAGUAUAUACUACGCCGAGGUAUACCUUGAGGCGAUCGAUUUCGUCAGUAUAACUGUGGCGCUGUACGGCCUGUUCAUAUUCUAUGGGCUCACCCAUGCGGAACUGCAAGGCCGCCGACCGCUGGCGAAGUUCUUGGCUAUCAAGUUGAUCGUCAUGUUCACCUUUUACCAGUCGUUCGUCUUCUCUGCCCUUGAGAGCCACGGCAUAAUCAAAGCUACCGAUUAUUGGACCUCUACUAAUAUCGCGAAUGGACUGAAUGCACUCGCUAUAUGUAUUGAGAUGGUGUUCUUCGCGGCAUUCAUGAUGUGGGCCUACACUUGGAAAGAGUACACCCUGAAGGGCGGCGAGCACACCUCAAUCUGGAGGCCGCUGUGGGACAGCAUCAACUACACCGACUUCGCCAUCGAGAUCUUCGGGUCGCUCAAGUUCUACAUCGACUACCUGCGCGGCAAGCCCGGCACGCACGGCGUGCGCAACGUGGAUGCCAACGGGGCGCCGAAGGCGACGUUCGGGGAGGCCUUCGGUGUCGACGCCGCCCCGCGCUACCCGCUCUCAAGCUAGCUCCGUACAACCCGACCGCGGGAUCGACGGUGAACGUGAAUCACCCCGAGGGCGCGCGGUAUUACCAGGAAGAUAACUCGAGUGCGGCGUCGCUGGGACGGCCGAGCGAUGUGGAUUACCGCAGCCGGCCGGGCGGCUGGAAUCCGGCGUGAGCGUGGGCGAGGGCGGUGGUGCGCGGGGGGAGUUGGCUGGUAUCUACGUUCGUUUCGUUUGUGUCACUAAUCUAUCUAUACCCUGCAUGAUGUAUCCUUGUAUUGCGUGUCAUUGAUAACGGACUCAGUAUUUACUAGUACAGGGU